UCUUCAAACACCAGUGACGCAGAGCCCCACGACACCACCCCCCAGCCUCCUCCUUCUCCCUGAGGAACAGAACCACCCAGGACCAGACACCUUGCCCACCAGGUCCCCACAGGUGGGAGAAGCAUCCUGCCCAUGGGACUCUGCUGGUCACCGCUGACUCUACUAUGCCUUCUAGGGAUACUGGUGUCUUCCUGUCAUGGAGGACCACAGCAGAUCCCCUCAGGGUCCCACAGGGAGUUCACUGGCUCCAGCCCCCUGUGUCAGGUACAGCUGGACGUCAAGAUCAAUAAUACAAAGAGCACUUUGUGCCUGGAGAACCGGUCAGGGCAGGCUCUGACUGAGCUGUCCAGCAAGCUGGGCUUCCAGGCUGGCCGCAUCUCCGACCCCUCCGGGGCAGCCACAGAGCUGGCCUGCUCUUUCCACAAUCUUGUCGUCCUCCACAAGCACACAAACACCUCCUCUCUAAAGCUGCACGUGAUCUGCCAAGAAGCAGCUACCAAAGCGCCUCUGCCCACCCCCCAGCCCACUGUGACCUCACCCAAGCCCACUGGCCCUCCGAGGUUCCUGCUGGUGGAGGGGAAAGAGAAACUCCGAUGCGCAGGAGUGGUUGAGUUCUACAGGGGCAGUGUUGGGGGGAGCAUCUGUUAUGAAGAGAAGACCUGGACCAAAGCCCUGGGCGAUGAGAUUUGCCAAGCCCUGAACUGCGGCACGUUCCUGAGCCAUCUGUAUCCACCAGCAGAGAAGACAGACCCAGGGAAUCCCAAGGGGCUCAAACCUUUGCCGAUCCUCUGGGCAGUUGAGGAUGCUCAGGGAGUCCCCGUGGACCAGGUUUUCACCAAACAGAAGAGCUGUCCGGGAAACCGAACCAUUUCCAUUGUCUGUUCUGAUUUCCAGCCAAAGGUGAAAAGCAGACUGAAGGGCGGAAACAAUCCCUGCAAGGGCAUCGUAGAGGUGUACUUUGAGGGUCAGUGGAAAGUCUUGUGUGGAAAAAAAAAGAACUGGGAAGAGGUGUGCGAGGAGCAGCACUGUGGGAGCCUAAUCUCCGAGGAAGUAUCUCAAAAAUCAUCAUCUGCCCCAUCCAGCAAGCUCUACUGCCCUCAUGGGAACCUCUCCCAUUGCUACACAUUUGAUGAAGGAGACCCGGCCUGCAAAGGCACAAUGAUCGAGUGCCAGGACCCAAAUGCAGGUGGGCCUGGGGCAGGGACUGUGAUGAGCAUCAUUCUGACCUUCAUCCUCAUGGCAAUCGUUCUGGUGACAUGUGGGCCUGUAGCCUACAAGAAACUAGAGAAGAAAUUCCGUCAGAAGAAGCAGCGCCAGUGGAUCGGUCCAACGGGAGUGAACCAGAACGUGUCCUUCCAUCGCAACCACACCGUGACCAUCCGGUCCCAAGUCGAGAACCCUGGAGCCUCAAAUGUGGAGAACGAAUACAGUCAGCCUCCCAGGCAUUCCCGCCUCUCGGCUUAUCCAGCUCUGGAAGGGGCACUGAACCGGUCUUCCAACCCGCCAGACAACUCCUCUGACAGCGAUUACGAUCUGCACGGGGCCCAGAGGCUGUGACGGGCUGAACUGUGAAUAAGCCGAGUGUCUCCCGGCACGAGACGCAUCUUCCUGAGAACCUUCUGCACUCAUCACCUUGGCGUGAUUUCCUGAUUUUACUUCCAACUGUGAAGGGGCAGAAGCAAGGUCGCCACUACCACGUCGUCAUUGCCCGCAGGAACAGCUCCCUCCCUACCCAUUCCCCACCCCCAAACCCAACCCAGGGAAACCCUCCCCUCCCCACAACUCUAGCAGCCUUUCCCAACCUUUUCAUUUAUGUGAAAUGCAGGACCCUGUCUAGAGAAUGCAGGAAAGGGCCAAGCCCAAAGUAUGCACAGCCCCCUCCAGACACACAGGGCCAGGGGCUCCCAGAGCCACAUCCCGUACCCAAGGGCCCACAGCUGUCUCCUGACCCACCUGUGCCCCAAGGCCAGUGUCACUGGAAAGGGGCUGCCUUCCCUGCUCGCCGCCCCCAGCUCCAGACCCUUCCUCUGAUGAAGAACAGGGAAGAAUUCACACUGGUAUCUUUGGAUGAGAAUGUUGGGGUUUUUUUAAUGUUUUGUGUAAAUAAUGCUUUUUAUACAACCUGAGAAGUCUGAA